AUGGGUGUCUUAAACUGGGCCAAUUUACCAAAAUGGGCAAAGUUGUUACUUAAGACAAACAUGGCAGUCACCGACUCAACACCCAACUCAAGUCCCCAGCAAUAUAAGAGUCAAGCGCCCCUUCCCCUCUUCCCCAAAGCUUUUGUUGUGUUUACAGCGCCAACUUCUCCUCCGUCAUUGCUUUGCACAAUCGAUUUCUGCCGCCUUGAUGAAGGUUUCGGCGGUAAAACUUACAAGCGAAAGCGCCAAGAAUCCCAAAUCACCUCCGAUGCCGUCAACAGCAACGAUGCUGCCAUCGGCGCCACGUCCAUGGACGUUGAUGAUUCUUGUCCCCCACCUUCAAAGCGCUCUGCCGUGCCUUCCUCGGGCGACACCAACAAACCCAACUUCGAUCCACCAACCUACGACGGCGUGAUUGCGGGAAAGGUGUCGGGUCGGAACUGGAAGGAGCGACGAAAGCAGCGUGCGUCGGCGAAGCAGGUGAGUAUAAAGAGGACUUUGGAGGGAAGAGAGAGACAAAAGGAGAUAAAGGGAGGUUAUAGAGAGAGGAUGAAUGAGUUGAAGGAAGAGAUUAGACAAAAUGAGAUGGAGAACAGAAAGAAGAGAGAGGAGAGAGAGAGAAGAAGAAGAAAGAGAAUUUUGAGGUCUGGAACUAAGCUUCAGAAGAUUACUAAUCCAAAUACUUUGCAGAAGAUUGCCAAAUCUAAGCAGAAGAAGUUGUUUCAAGUUGUCCCUGAUGAAUUUGUUAACAAGAAAUCCAAGGAAAAAAAAAAAAACCUUUGUUGGGUUCAAUGUUGUCUUUUUCUUCUUUUUUUUUUUUUGCGUUAUAUGUACUGUAUUGCUUCUUUUUGUUGAAAGAAGUUAUACUUUAUCAGGAAAUGUAAUCUGACGUUAUGCUUUAGUUCAACUACGAAAUUAAAGAUGAGUAAAAUAUACAUGUAAAACUGGUUUUGUGCCAACUGCUUUUACCAUUUACUUAGGCUUAAGUGCCUGUUCAAAACCAUUAUCAUCCCCAUGAAUUAUUAUCAAAUUCAUCUUUUAACUAUAACUUGUUGACGUAGUUUUCAGAUUAGCUUGUUGAUAUUAAUUUAUUUAUACUUAGA